UACUCAACUAGCCAAAAUCGGGCUCGGGCGGUUUUUGCAUCACGACCAUCCCCCCCGACUCAUCCCGUGACUUGUGGACCCCACGCAUCGCGUUCGCAGCGAACCUCGACGCCAGCACAGUGGCCCCCAUCGAUGAAGACGGGAUCAAAGCCGCGCGCUCGUCUUCAUGCACGAAAGCUCCUCAGCCAGCUUGCGCCUGGAGUAGCGGCGCCAGGCUGCCUGGAUGAAGGUGGCCGCCCACGUGCGCCACUGCUGCGAGUAGAAGCGGAAGGUCUGCUGCACCUGGCGGCUGUGGAUCCGCCUGAACUGGCUGGUGAUGAACUUGAGCUCGUCCGCUAUCAGAGCAAAGGCCUCCACCUCUGUCAGGGCCUUGACUGUGCGGGUGGAGGGAGGGAGAUUGGAGGCGGCCUUGGGGUCGAGGGCCCACGUGAGGAGCUCCUCCCCACAGAAGUCCCCUUCCUUGAGAAUCCCGCGGUUGAAGAAGCCCGACCGGCCGCCGUCCGUGGUCACGCUCUCCAGACGCCCGCGGAUUAUGAAUUGCAUCUCGUCGACUGGAUCACCCUCUCGAAGGAUGUAUGUGUUUUCCGUGUACAGGCUGGGCUUCAGCCGCUCGCAGAUCGCGUCCAGCAGCCUGUCGUCCAUGUUGCCGAA